AUGUGGAAGCCGUCGGAGAGCCUGAUGAACACCAUCAGGCACUAUGCCAGCUUCCCCGCCACCGGUGUCUCGCUGAGACAAAUGGUGCAGUUCGGAGACCGACCAUCUACCGGCACUCUGUUCCGCGCCUCUCAAUUCCUCUCCGAAGAGCUCCCCAUUCGCCUCGCCCACCGCGUCCAGGAUCUCGGAGAGCUACCAGAUGGGCUCAGUGAAAUGCCCUCGAUUAAAAAGGUGCAGGACUGGUAUGCCCAGUCGUUCGAGGAAAUCAUCACGCUUCCCCGGCCAUCGCUCACAGAAGAAGUCAAAAGCCGUCUGCUGCGACCGGGCCGAAUGAACGGUGGAGCUUCCAAGAUUCUCUCCGAAGCCACCCAGAAUCCCAGUGUGCGCGAGGGCCAGUACCGGUCAUCUCCGAACUCGAACUCCACCUGCAAUGGCAACGGGAAGGCCGCGGCGGCGGCUGGGCGACGGUACUUCUUCCCCGCCGAUGAUCAUGCGCAUUGGCCGCCCGAGUUGAACGACUAUAACCAGCGAUUCGCCAAGACCCUACAGCAGAUCAAGCGGCGGCACGACAGCGUCGUAACGACUGUCGCACAAGGCAUUCUGGAAUGGAAACGGGAGCGCCAGCGGAUGCAGAUCGACUCCACGAUACAGUCUUUCCUCGACCGUUUUUACAUGUCGCGAAUAGGCAUACGAAUGCUCAUAGGGCAACAUAUCGCGUUAACGGAACAAACACACGUCAAGCACCCCAAUUACGUUGGGAUCAUCUGCACCAAAACGAAUGUCCGGGAUAUCGCGCUGGAAGCCAUUGAGAACGCUCGGUUUGUCUGUGAGGACUACUAUGGCUUGUUCGAGGCGCCCAAGGUGCAGCUGGUCUGCAAGGACGACUUGAACUUCAUGUAUGUGCCGGGCCACCUGUCGCACAUGCUGUUCGAGACCCUCAAGAACUCGCUGCGUGCGGUGGUUGAGCAACACGGUGCCGACAAGGAAGAUUUCCCCGUCACCAAGGUGAUUGUGGCGGAGGGCAAGGAGGACAUUACGAUCAAGGUCUCCGACGAGGGCGGCGGUAUCCCGCGCUCGGCGAUCCCUCUCGUCUGGACGUAUAUGUACACGACCGUGGAGCAAACACCCAACCUAGAUCCGGACUUUGACAAGAGCGACUUCAAAGCACCCAUGGCCGGGUUUGGGUAUGGAUUGCCGAUCAGUCGACUGUACGCCCGCUACUUUGGCGGAGACCUCAAGCUGAUCAGCAUGGAGGGAGAUGGCCGGGUCCGGUUCACCACCUCGCACCGUCUGCACCCCAAUUACAUCGAGCCGGAACCCACCCCCGCGCCCUCUCGAGGACUGACGCCCAUGAACGUGCAGGCGCUGCGCUCGAGACUCCGCACCCGGGAGGUCUCGGAGCGCAAGCAAGUCGGCGACGCGGAGAGUCUUUUCCAGUUGGAGCUGCGUCUGAGAGAGGAGGAUAUGAUGUAG